UUUCAGUAGAUGCAUUAUCAGUGGGGUAAAACAAAAACAUCUGUGUUGCCUUAAAACCCUUUGACCAACGAUGGGAUUUAUUGAAGGAAUGAAAUCACUGAAUAAAUGCACAAUCUUCUAGCUGAAGAGCCAAUCAAUGACUUUCUGACGGCCCAGCUGGUGUGUGAGGACCGGCCCAGCGGUCAGCGCUACAACGUGCUCACCGACGUCUUCGCGCUGCGCCGCGACCCCAACGACCCCGCCAGCACCCAGUUCUACGGCCUCUUCACCUCUUCACCUCCCAGUGGGAGCGGGAGGAGCUGGCGGCCGUGUGCGUCUUCAGUCUGUCCGACAUCAACCAAGUGAUGGACGGCCCCUUCAAGGAGCUGAAGAAGACCUGCGAGAACUGGAUCAAUCCGGAACCCGUCCCCAGACCCCGGCCCGGACGGUGUCUGAACAGCGCCCUGCGGGUGGAGGGCCUCGAGUCGUCCCUGUAGCUGCCCGACAAGGUGCUGACGUUCACGCGGGACCACCCUCUGAUGGAGAACAGCGUGACGGCGGCCCCCCUGCUGCUACGCCGCGGCGUCACCUACACCAAGCUGGCCGUCACUCUGGCCGACGCCGGCCCCGGCGCCCUGCUCCACCUCGGCACAGGAAUUCAAGAGGUCGCCCCUACCCCGGUGUUCCAGCCGCAGUACAGCAUAGCGGAGGAGUGUGUUUCUUACUGCCAACCGGCUCAGCUUGAAGUGAGGAUGAACUUGGACACCUACUGUCUCAAGGAUUACGUGCUGAAGAUCCAGGUGAAGGCCAUGGAGCGCUCGGGCCCCUGGUGGCAGUUCUCCAUCGCCGUGCAGACCGUGUUCCGCACGGGGUCCACGCCCCGCGUCCGCAGGGGCCCCCGGGCGCUGUGGGUCCCCGACCGCGACCUGGGCUGCGGCUGCCCCGCCCUCCACGUGGGCCGCACCUUCCUGCUCAUCGGCUCCGAGGAGGGGGGCCGCGACUGGGCCCCCGGGGAGAGCCGCCUAGUGGCCGACCGCUCCACCACCGCCCUCCAGUGGCGGGACCACUGGAGCCCCAAGCUCAGGGGCUUCCGGGGGCAGGACAAGAGGGGCCGUUGCCCCCCGAAAGCCCCCCCCCACCAGCGCCACCACCACCACCAACGGCCACACCGCCGUCCCGUCGAGCCGCAGAGGGGCUACAUCCCGCCGCAUCUAGUGACGGGGGGCGACGGCGGCGGAACACACGGACCACACGCGCGCUCGGAGGAACCGGCCCCCGAGAGCGCGGAGAGCGUGGAGAACGUGGGGGGGACGGGCGCGAGCGCUAACGUCCACGACGACACGCCGACACCCGAGAGCCCUGAGCUGUGGACGUUCGCUGUUUCGGCCCCCGCUAAUCCGUCCCCCGCUGAUUUGGCCCCCACGAAUCCCGUCCUCCUCACAAAUCCGGUCCCCACAACUUGGGUCCCCACAAGUUGGGUACCCACUUUGCUUUGUUCCAGCCGACCUCCCGCUGUGUGACAGGAGACACACACACAGUCCCACACACAGGUACCAUGUGGAUAUCAGAUAUGAGAAUCACGUAAAGACACACGGUGAAAGACAUUGAUAGAGGAUAGUAAGUUAUUUGUUUGUUUGGCGUUCGUCCGCAAGAAAGGACGAUGGAUCACAGCAUUUAUUUUGAGUGGCUGUUUAUUAUUUUUGGGGGGACUAUAGACGAAUGUAUUGUGAUGUAUCCACACACACAUAGAGCCACGCACACACACGCACACACGCACGCACACGCACGCACACGCACACCACACACUUACAAGCCUUGGCAGGGAACUCAGAAUGUGAACUAAAAAGUUUCUCUUCGGUAAUGUCAAGGGCUCUUUUUAAAGUUGGUCAUUUCAUAAGUACUAUAUUUGACAGUUGACAGGAAAUUAAAAUUAAAAUGCCAAUUAGUUGAAUUCAGGUCAAGACAAAAGUGCCAAAGAGUAUGUCUUAUUGACAUGUAUUAUAUUUAACACUGAUUUAUUGAUGAUUAAGUUUUGGAAAUGGAGCGUCAAUAAAUGUAUCAAUAGAACUUUCAAAUACAUUUAAUAUAUAAUCAAACACCUAACAGUUUAGCCAAAGAAAGCAAGAAAUAGAACCGACUUUUCUACCUCACAUUUGCAAUGGUGUUUGACUAAAGAUCAGCUGACGCAGAUUAUUGAUCCAAAUAACUUUCAAGGUAAAAUUCUAAUAUUUCAAAAUUAUGUUUUUUAAUAUAAUGCUACAGACAAAAUCUAUACACUGAUCUUUUCUUCUUCUUCUUCUUCUUCUUCUUCUUCUUCUUCUUCUUCUUCUUCUUCUUCUUCUUCUUAUUAAUAUAAAAAUAUAAAAAUAUAUUAUAUUAUAACAAAAUGUAAAUUAUUUAAUUAUUUUAAUUUCAUUAAAUCCACGCUCUUACUAAAUCUUGGGUGUCUUGGACAUGCCUCCAACAGCUGCAGUGUAUUCACGGGUGUUUGGCGAAACGCGUUUCACAGCAAAGAGAUAUGGCCAGGAAUGUCCAACACCUUGUGCACUGUAAAGUUCACGUGAAUAAAAUCGAAAAAAGCAUUGACUUACAAAGAAGCCACUUUUUUCCUGCCACCUUGUGUCACCUAUAUUAUUGUGCCCAUUAUGUGUGUAUAUAGAGUUGCAAAGUUUGGGGUCAUUUUCACAACUUUUUAUUUUUAUUUUAGUACAAAACAAGCCUGUCAAAAAAACGAUAGUUUUACCCCUUAUGUUUCAUUUGACAAAUCAACAGUGUUACCCCUUAUGUUUUUUAUCAUUUUCACAACUUUUUAUUUUUAUUUUAGUACAAAACAAGUCUAGCAAAGGGAAUUAAAAUGACAGUGGAAAAUAAACCAGAUGGGAUUCGAGAUCUGGAAGCGUACUUUGACAAAAACAAUAAAUGUCUUUUAUCACA